CGCAAGCCGCAACAAGACAGGAACUAAGCCCGCAACAAGACAGGAUCGAAGUUCCGCCAACAGCCACGCCACGCCACGCCACGCCACAGCUCGAAUCACUCGAGAGAGACGGACUGUGUAAACGCCGUCCGUCAACUCUUUCGUGAGUUAGUUCUUAACGUCCAACAGCGUUUGGGCUGCGCAUGCGUGUCCCAGGCAUGUGUCAAGUGCUCGUCGACUGCGACCAGGCGUUCCCUCUUCGGGCCCAAAGUCUUGCAACCGUCCAGACUGUGUUGUGCUUGCAGACACGCGCGUCUAACUCGUGUUGAUGGGGAAGAGAAUCGCGUGCAUCUGGUCUUUGGUCAACUUCUUCGGGCCUUUGCUGGUUGCCACGGUGAUGGUGAAUCUCCACACGUCCACUGUCCCAGCAGAAGCGAGGUGCCAGGACUUGGGUGAGUUGCGUGUCCUGGAAGGUGAGGCGUCGUGGGUGCGCUGUCCCUUCCGGGGCCUGGCCAAUGGCUCGUCGUCGCACGCCCUGACGUGGUACCGCCUCCUCCCCGGACACCUUGAACGACCAAUCAAGCGCAGGUCAACUUCGAGUGGCACGCUGCAAAAUGCUGUUAGAUUGCUCCUCACAUUCACAUGCUUCUUUGCGUGGUUCCGCGGCAGUGGGCGUGUGAGCACCGAGCGCGACUGCUUGCGCUUUCAACCGGCCGCGGCUGAGGAUUCGGGCCGCUACGCCUGCCGGCUACGGAACCGGUCGGCGUGCGUGAACGUGAGGGUCGUCAGCCGGCCGCAGGAGGCGCCGGAGGAUCCCAAAUGCCAUUGGCCGCUCGCCGCCGAGCCCGGUCAGGUCGUCAUCCCUUUGGAGGGCGACAUGGUUCUGGAGUGCCCCGACUGGCGAGAGGUCGCCGCCGCCGCGGCCGACGACGCGCCCGCCGUCAUCUGGUACCACGCUUGCGAGCAGCCCGACCGAUGGACUAGCGACCGCGAGCAGGUCGGCGCCCGUCUUCAGGUCCACUACAUGGUGGACCACUACCAAGGGCUUUACGUGUGCCAGGUGCACUACCGGCGAAGCGGCCGAGCGCUUCAUUUCACACGCGGCCUCAACGUCACCGCUGUCUCAGCCUCUUCACUGCCCAAAGUGCCCAGCGUGCUCCAACCGACACGCGAGCAUGUCUUCAGCGUCAAACGGGGCCAGGACGUACGUCUGCUAUGCACGGGACACUUUCCCUACUUGGACCAGGACUUGGAGUGGGACAUCUGGUGGAGCGUGGACGGGAACAGGACGGAGCAGCUGGCAGAGCGCCGAUUCUCCACAAGCAACAGGCGCUUGCGCAGCCGAUACGGCGAUCGCACCGAGGAGAGCGUCCUGCUGAUUCGCAACUUUGGCUCCCAGGACCUCGGCAAGACUUACAACUGCUCCGUGAAGAACCGGGAAGGAUUCCAGACGCGCAGAGCGCAGCUUGAAGAAGAAGCGUCCCUGCCGUGGUCGGAGCUGGCUAGCGGUCUGGCCGUCACGCUGGUGCUGUCGCUGCUCGUCUCGGCGCUUUACCGCGUCUUCCGGCUGGAGCUGCUGCUGCUCUACAGGUCCCGCUUCGGUACCGACGAGCGCUACACGGACAAUAAGGAGUUCGACGUGUACAUGUCGUACGCCAGGAAGAGUGAGGAAGAGCAAUUUGUUCUGAGCACACUACGCCGAGUCCUGGAGAACGAUCUGGGAUACACCGUGUGCAUCUUUGACAGAGACAGCCUGCCGGGCGGGACCAUCACGGACGAGACGCUGAGCUUCGUGGCUCGCAGUCGCCGCCUGGUGGUGGUGUUGGGCCCCGGCUACGCUCGACAGGGCUCCCAGGCCCUGCUGGAGCUCAAGGCGGGAAUGGACGGCCUGGCGGGCGGCCACCUGCGCCUGGUCCUGGUCCAGUACAAGCGCAUGCGGCGGCAGGAGUGGGUGCGCGAGCUGAGGCGGGCGCGCGUGGCGCUGGCCACGGUGCGCUGGCGGGGCGAGCCCUCGCGGGAGCUGACGUCGCGCUUCUGGAAGAAGCUGAGGCUGGAGCUGCCCGUCAGGAGGCCGCCCGGCGCCCGUGGGGAUGAGGAAGGAGGCCAGGGGGCGGGGCUGAUGACCACCCCCAACCGGGACCAGUCUCCUCUCAACCCCGAGGCCUCGUGAGCUUGCCAUUUGUGCGGAAAGUGCAUCCAUUGCGCCUUUUCCUCCUUCAGCUGACUUGGGCAGAGGGGAGACCAAGCAAAGUGGUCGUCCAAAGCUCGCAAGCGUUCUGGAAAAUAUGCCGCCUGACAUUUCCUGAGCAAACUGGGUGCUGCCCCGAUGCGCUUUACUCUCAUUUCAUUGUCGCUGGUUGGCGCAACCCGAUGCAGGCCGCCCACCGAUGGCUUCACCCCUCCCAACGGCGGAAGUGGGCCGGCCGCCGAGCUACCGCGUGACGUCAGCCAGGGCGCGCCUCCGAGCACUGCCCCGACCCACCCAAGUCAAGGAACCCUGCUGACGUUUGUUUGAGCUCACAUCAGCAUUUGGGGCUCUGCCAAGCAGUCACCAGAACCAGGAGGAGUCAUUUCCGUGUCUCUGCUGCCACUGCUCCAAACUCUUUCUGUAUGCACUCACUCAUGUUAUCACCAAUAAAAAGACUCCAUCAAUCAAGAA